AAAGGUUGUGGCACUAGCAUUACAAUGGCUAGAAGCAGCAAAGAAAACAACACUAAUACCACAUUCACAUAUACGUGGUCCAUGAGGAUCGAUCUGCUGCUGUCCAAUGAAAAUCGAUACAACUGCCAAAGAGCUGCGGAAGUGAAGAAAUUCGACGUUCCAAAGUGUUUGUCGGCCAGUGGAUUCCAGGACUUUUUAAAGUCCAUCUUUCCUCGGCUCAGUAGGAGGGCCUUUGAGCUGUGCAGAGUCAACCGGCAUAAGGUCGUAAUACCCCUUACAGAAAGUACUCCCCUGGAAAUGCGUUCAUCUGGAGUAUUGGGAUGUUCAGCCCUGUAUAUACGGCCUGAGUGUGACUUAGACUCUGACAUCACAGAAAUGGGCGAAGUAAUGGAGUUGGAGUUGGCUAACAAUCCAAUUCUUAUAAUAGAUGAGGAGGAGGAUGUGGCAAUGGAAAGGACACCGGAAAGCCAGAUGACCGCCUCCCCCACAAUAGAAACAAAGUCCCUCUUUGAAUCUCCGUUCCUUCUCUCGGGAGGAGAGUCGGGUCCGUCCAAGCUGCAUGGGUUUCUCGGCCUCAUUGGAGGAAGGAACCGAUUGGUCGUAGAGGGGCUUACCCCUCGAUUCAGGCUGGCGUUCUGGGUGGGAGCAUCUUCUCUCUGCCCUCCGUUCCUGAAGCCUGAGAUCGAUGCGUGUUGA